AUGAGUAAAACACAAAUUAACAUUGGACACGAUUUACUAAAUACAAUCAGUGGGCAUUUUUUUACCCAACAGAAAGAAUAUUCGAGGGACCUGAUCACCAUUCCAGUAUUAAAGAUCUGUGAUUGCACUCACAGAACAAGGCUUCUUGGUGCUCUAUACGGAUACAAAGGAUUUAUUUUGCUAUUUGGCGUGGUGCUUGCGUGGGAAACACGAAAUGUGAAAAUCCCUGCAUUAAAUGACUCGAAGUACAUCGGAAUAUCAGUCUAUAAUGUCGUCAUAUUGUCUGCCAUUGGUGCAACAGUGUCUACGGUUUUGAACAAGACGGUACAUUAUGAAUUACUUCACGCUUUGGUAUCCAUUAUCGUGCUGCUGUCAACAACUGUUACCCUGACCAUGAUGUUUGCGCCGAAGGUAAGAUGUUACGUUCCCUCUGAUUGAUGAUGACGGAUUAAAUUUUGUAGCCUAUAUUUCGAGAAUUUAUGCACAUUUAUUGCAGAGUAGAGAACACAAGGUUGAAGUAUAAGCUAACCUAUUAAACAAGAAAUGGAGAAGAAAUAUGGGAAGAAAGGAAUUUAAUUUGCUGCAAGCGCGAAAAUGUGAAGUAAAAUAAUAUUAACACCGAGAAAUUUGAAAAAAAAUAAAAAAGGAUCAAGUACAACAUGGAGGUUUUUUGGAGGAAGAAAGAAAAACAGAAAUAGGGAACAGAAGACAGAAAUGAAAUAUUUCAAAGAAAAGAGGAACAAAUUUCUAUGAAAGAAAUUUCCAACCUUUCCCUACACCGAACAGUAACCCAAACGCUGUACAUCUAUACUUCUAUACAAUAUAUUUCGGCCGCCGCGUACAUACCUAUUUAGACUAAGUGUCGAAAAGAAGGAACGGUAAAGAAUACUGGCCGAUAUAUAAUUGCAACUGGAAAAAAAUGUAGAAAAUCCUAGUAAAACGAAAUUCAAAGAAAGAAAGAAGAAAUAAUUAAUUUAUUUUUUCUGUAGGUGUAUUUGUAUUAUACAAUACCGCCUGAACCUGAACGACGAGUUCGUGACAUGAAUUCUUUACAAAUGCACGUUGGAUCGCGAAAAGAAACAGAGGUUUCUGAUGUUAGCUCAGGUGAUGCUGAUGUCAAAGACAAAUGGACACAAACUGAAGAUUGUUAUCACGGUAAAUGCUUAAUGUUUACAACGUUUCAGUUUAAACUUGAAAAAAAAUAGUUGAGGAUCGGCGAAUUGUUUCAUGUCAACAAAAUAGGGUUUUGGUCAUCCAAAUCAGUUCCUUUUUUAUGACGUAUUGUCAUUCCAAUAUCAUGAAAUGUGUCCGGUUCUUAUUAUCUCUUUUGAACAUGCCAUUAAGGUCAGUUACUCUUACAUAUAUACAGAUGCACAGUUAAACAUCUGACUCAUAAUGUCCAACAGCGGCACUACUUUAUGUAGGCAUUAACGUUGAAGUUAGAUGUAUAAUGAUAUAAAAUGGAGUCCAAGGGAUCGUUAGAAGCGAUAAGUGCCCGAAUAGUUAGCAUAUAUACCAAACUUUAAGGUUUGAACUACAAUAUUCUGUUUCGUAAAGAGAAUUUUUCUUGCCUCCUCCAUGGUCUUUUACCUGCUCUGCGCCAUACAACUUAGAAACAACCAAUAAAAUUCGAAAUCAAAUCCACGAUUAGGGUUAAUAAGAUUGUUGAUGAUCGCUUUAACAAAAAGAUCCAAGUUGUUUGCUCAAUAUAAUACGCAUGAUACAACAGUAGCUACAUGCAGAACAACACUGUUCUAAUAACCAUCAGCAAGCUUGUUUCAUAAACAUUUGACCACUUGCGUAAUAGACUAAAUUUUGAUCUAAACAAGUAUAGACAAAAAUUUCAUCAGCGCUUGAAAGAGCAUCACAAAUUUAGUAAUAUUCCAAAGUUUCGUUGCGAAAUGUUGUAAAAUGCGGAUAAAAUAGCCUUGCGAAGUUUGCCGUUUUUCAGUCAUUUUGCAUUAGGCGGGGGAAAUUGACAGCCCAAUACCCUUUGAGGCUGUCAAUUUCCCGUUCGUAAUAGAAAAUGACUGAAAAACGGCAAACUUCGCAAGGCUAUAUUAUUCGCAUUUUACAACAUUUCCCAACGAAACUUUCGAAUAUUACUAAUUUUGUGGUGCUCUUUCAAGCCGUGAUGCAAUUUUGGUCUAGACUUGUUGAGAUCAAAAUUUAGUGUGUUACGUAAGUAGUCAAUUGUCGACAGCUGUUCCAACAACAUGGUAACAACUAUUGUUCAUUCAUAAUCAUUGUUGAUAGGACAAUAUUAUACACUUAAUGUCUGCACCCGAGGGAAAUAGUUAAUUUUGUUUUCCCGAGAAUCUCAAUGUUUCCCGAGACGAAGUCGAGGGAAACAUUGAGAUUCGAAGGAAAACAAAACUAACUAUUUCCCGAGGGAAAAGACGUUAAGUGUUUUGUUAUAUAGUGACGAAAGAAAUAUCAACAUUGAACAACAUUCAUACAACAAUAUUUGUAUUUCAUGACAAAAACUCUAUAGCGUAAACGAGUUUAAAAUUUAAAAAACCUACUUAAAUGGUUUCAGCAGCAUAUCCUGUUGCCUGUUAUGUAUUUUUCUUCUCUUUUACACUCUUUAUUUUAACACAAAGCCACGAAAACAGUAGUUUAAAUAGUAUAAAUUUGUGCCGCCAUUUUGUCUAUUUAUGUACGUAGCCGGUCGGGGCGGGCAACAAUUUUUCACUUAUUGCCCGGGCGGGAUACAUUGCAUAUAUCUAAAGCCACGUGACUACAAAUCAGCCAAUCACGUUUGGUGUUCACACUAGCUAUAUAAUAAUAAUCAAUAAUGUCACUUCAACAACAUACGUUGUCUUAACUGGAUAAAAAUAUUGUUUCCAUGUUGAUAAGCGCAGAAUGUUGGAUGUGCGUGACCAAUUUAUUCGCGUUUAACUGUGCAAGUGCGUAACUACGUAAGGAAUGCAACUGCUCAUAAUGUCAUGUUCAAAUGUCAUAAUAUCAACUGCACGCAUAAUUAUAUUCCUGAUAGGAAUAAUCUUUCAUAACUAAAUUGAUACAUACUCAAAUUUAUAUCUCAAUGUUAGUGAUCUAGAAUAACUAGGAAGAAAAAAGACAGAUGCAAUUGAGCCCUCUAGAUAAGUGAGACCCCAAGACAAGCUUAGCUUUUGGGCAAACAUCUGAAUAAAAUUUAUAUAAAAAAACAAGGUGCAAUUACAGCAAAUGUACAGUGUCUUCACCAGGGGUAAUCGAAAGUUGCAAUGUGGCUUCUUAAAUACCCAAGAGAUAACGUCAUCUGUCAAUGAGAUGCAUGAUUUCCUCUGGCAAAUAGGCACUGUCAUCCCUAUUCAAAGCAUGUUACUCAUAUUUAUAUGCCACGCUUCUAGGCUUCGUCUUUGACUUCGUCUUUACUUUAUAUUUUCUCACGAAAUCUUGUGUUUGGUGUCACAUCCUUGUUUAAUAGAGUUGCAAAAGCUUUGUGAUCUUCUUUUAGCCGUGUACCAAACUGACGUUUGAACUGACCCAAAUACUCUUUCUCGCAGUCACCAUAUGGUAUAGAAAAUACGUCAUUAGUUUUCUGAUUUGUUUUAACAGGUUCUUUCAAAAAUAUGGCCUAAAGUCAAAUAUGACAAAUAUUUGUUUGUAUGUGUGGUUUUGCGACAAACAUCAGUCUCUAACUUCCCUUCGACAGUUCUGUGAACAUCCAAAUCCAAAAAAGCUAAAUGUCCAUUCAUCUCACGUUCUAUCGUGAAUUGAAUGCAUGGCUCAAUAGAAUUUAAAUUUUGCAACAAAAUAUCGAUUUAAUUUCAAGAAACCGCAGAGAUCACGUCAUCUACAAAACGUUUCCAAACUGAAAGAGAUACCGGAACUGAUGCUAAAUCUGUUGUUCGACAUCUUCCAUUACUAAAUUAGCAAUUACUGCCGAUACUGGCGACCCCAUGCAAUAAAGUCCACGUUACACGGUGCAAUUUUUCUUGCAACUUGCAAUGCAAUUCUACGCUUGAGAGAUGUUAAUUAGUGAAAUCAGUGAAGAAUUUUUUAUAUGUUCAGAAAAUAUCAGCGGAGUGUAAUGAAGACUCGUAUUUGGCAAUUUUACAUCUCUCAAGAGUAGAAUUGCAUUGCAAGUUGCAACAGAAAUUGCACCGUGUAACAUGGGCUUAAGAAGCCACAUUGCAAAUUUAGAUCACCCCUGAUGGAGACACUAGACUGGAGUGUCGAAACGUUGGGUCUUGAUUGCAGUUCGACUGGGCUUUGUAUUCAUUUAUAUAUAAACCAGAGUAGCGAGCGAAAACAUGCAAAAUUCUUAUUCUUCAAGAAUUUCAUUAAUGAGCAGGACAUGCCUGGACUGAAAAGAGUAUGAGACGAAUUACGAAAAACUUUUAUUUUUUAAAUAUCGUUUAGUUAGCAACAUUAUUGGUGAUGCACAUCCAGAGGUUAACGGUGAACUGUUUGGGGAUAACUGCGGUGAACAGAUCUUAGAAGGUGAAUGUCAGAAACACAAAGAUAAUAAAGUUGGACCUAUGGAAAAUAUUGCGUUUCAGGAACAUAAUGAUUAACAUUAUUACUGGACAGUAACAUAUUACAUUAAUUUAUUUCUUCUUUCUUGCUUAAACGAGAAACUAGUUGCCC